AUGGCCAAAAAAUUAGAAAAGCUUAUGAGGGAUUUUUUAUGGAAUGAUAAUAAAGGCAAGAAAAAAGUUCAUCUUGUGAAAUGGCCUACACUUUACAGGAGAAAGAAAUUUGGAGGUUUGAGAAUUAAGAAUUUAAAGAAGAUGAAUUCAGCUCUUCUAGCAAAAACUAAAAACAAAAGUGUGGCAGAGACUUAUGUGGAAGACACCGCUUCUUGGAAUUUAAGUGUUCCUAGAAGAUUGAAUGUGGAUGCAAGAGGAGAGUUAGCAGAUUUGCAAAGAAGUCUCACUUCUGUCACUAUCAACAAAGAAAUGGAGGAUGUUAUCCAAUGGUCCAUUGGUCCUAAAGGUCAGUUUUCUGUUAAAUCUACCUAUGACUCUUUAAAAAAAAUGCCAGAGCAUGGUGGUCAAGUUCAGAUCUUUUCUUAUAUAUGGAAGCAGAAAUUCCCACCAAAAGUUAAAUUUUUCUUGUGUACUAUAGCUCAUAAUAGUCUUUCAACAAGAGAUAUGUUGCUCAGGAGAGGUAUGGAUGUUUCUAAAAGGUGUCUUUUCUAUGAUAAAGAUGAGACUGUCAAUCAUUUGUUCUUACACUGUAAGUUUGCUUCAAAAAUCUGGGAUCAUUUUAAGGAGAAGCUGAAGUUGCAUUUCACAAUGCCAGACGAUUUUUUUCCUUUCUUAUUCUCUUGGAAUAUUGUCAUACCUUCAAAUAAGCAGUUUCAAAUUUGGUGCAUGGUAUCUGUGGAUAUUGUCUGGAGCAUCUGGCUGGAAAGAAACUCUAGAGUUUUUACAGAGAAAAUGAACUAUGAGAUUACAGUGCAACAGAAGAUCAAGCAUUUGCUUUUUACAUGGUGUUCGGUCUUUCAAAAUCUGGAGAACCCAACCUUUCAAGAUUUUAUGACCAGUUGGCCAAGAAUUUACUUUGAUUACCUGUAA